GUCCAUGUGUAGAGCUUAGACUGCCCUGCUCAAGGUCUGGCCUAAACCACAGCCCAAGUGAUCUUCAAAACUUUGCCUAACAAACGGCAUUCUUUUUCAGUUGUUUUGCACAGUGACAAUGGCAGGAAAACAUCUCAUUUUGUGGAUCUUCACUCUGAGCAUUUCAUUUGAUCCCUCAGCUGGUCACAUUUCUGAGAUCGAUGGAAAAAGGGUCUAUGAUGUAGUUCGACCUAUCAGGUUACAUGACCUGCAAAAAAGAGAUUUAAUGUCAAGACCUGACACAGUCCGAUAUGCUAUGACGCUGGGUGGAAAAGACAUUGAAAUGCAUCUUCAGAAAAAUGAUGCUAUACUGACAGACAAUUACAGUGAGACCCACUAUACUGAAGAUGGGGUUCUUGUCACAACCACACCUGAGGAUCUGGAUUUGUGUUACUACCAUGGGAAAAUUGUGAAUGAUAGCGACUCGACAGUUAGCAUGAGCACUUGUGAUGGACUCCGAGGCUAUUUCCAGACAGCAGAGCAAAGCUUUCUGAUCGAGCCGCUAUCUGAAAACGCUGAAGGCGACCACGCUGUCUUCAAAUAUGAAGACAUAAAUGAGGGUAAACCUGCGGUGUGUGGAGUCACCAACACUAGCUGGGAUGAGAGCGAGGACGGUGUCCCUCCACGCUUAAGCAAAUCCCGCUCUCGUUUAUCAGGGCCAACUUUGUUUCAGCAACAAAAAUACAUUGAGUUGUUCCUUGUGGCUGACAACAGAGAGUACUUGAAAAUGGACAGAGACCGCAACAAAUUGAGAAGCAGGAUAUUUGAAAUCAUGAAUUAUAUUAAUAAUGCAUAUAAGGAAAUCCACACAUUUGUCGCUCUGACUGGCUUAGAAGUAUGGUCAGACAGUGAUAAGAUAACCGUGUCCUCUGUUUCCGGAGCAACCUUGGAUGGCUUCAGCAAAUGGAGGAACAGUGAACUCAUGAAAAGACAACGCCAUGACAACGCCCAACUUCUCAGUGCAAUUGACUUUGAUGGAGCAACUGUGGGCCUAGCUUACAUCGCAACCGCAUGUGGCGGUCUUUCAACGGGGAUUGUGCAGGAUCACAAUUCAAGGGCCAUAGCAGUGGGAGCCACAAUGGCCCAUGAGAUGGGACACAAUCUUGGCAUGAAUCAUGACACCAACACUUGCACUUGUUCUCACACCAGCUGCAUUAUGACACCAGCUCUCAGCUAUAACAUCCCAGAGCACUUCAGCAGCUGCAGUACUAGUAACUACGAGCAGUUCUUGAACACCAAAAACCCGGAAUGUCUUCUGAAUGUGCCUAAAGCUAAAGAUUUGAUUCAGCCUGCCGUGUGUGGAAAUGGCUUUGUGGAGACGGGAGAAGAAUGUGAUUGUGGAACAGUGCAGGAGUGUACAAAUCCAUGCUGCAAUGCAACCACCUGCAAACUAUCAGAGGGCUCACAAUGUGCAGCAGGGGAGUGUUGUGAGAAGUGUAAGAUCAUGUCACCAUCAUAUGUGUGUCGUCCUAAAAACGAUGACUGCGAUCUGCAGGAGUACUGCACUGGAAAAUCAGCUGAAUGUCCGGAAGACGUCUUUACAGUCAAUGGACUCCCUUGCAAGAAUGGAAACGGCUUUUGCUACAAUGGCCAGUGCCCAUUAAGAGAAGACCAGUGCAUUAAAAUGUGGGGUCCAACUGCCGAUUUGGCUCAACAAUUCUGCUUUAAUCAAAACACAAGAGGACUUUACUACGCCUUCUGCAAGCGUACCGCCGGCGAUACAUAUAUUGGAUGCCAGAAACAAGAUGUGAUGUGUGGAAAACUGUUCUGUGAAAACGGUAAUGGAAGUCCCAAUUACGGAAGGCUGGUACAAUUCAGAGACAAUAAAUGUAAAGCCACUUUCUACAGUAAUCCUGAAGAAGAUUACGGCCAAGUCGACAGUGGCACCAAAUGUGGGGAGGGGAAGGUUUGUAGCCAGAACGAGUGUGUCGAUCUAGAGACAGCUUAUAAAGCAACCAACUGUUCAGCCAAGUGCAAAGGACAUGGGGUGUGUGAUCACAGACUGCAGUGCAGAUGUGAGCCUGGAUGGCUGCCACCAGACUGUGAAACACAAACAGAGAGCGGUGAUCUGUCUCAAGGUGUAAUUAUAGCCAUUGCUGUGAUUGUCUGCCUCCUGGUUGGGACUAUUUUAAUUGGACUGGGCAUCUUCCUGUUGAAACGGAGACAGAGAGGAUCACAACCACCUGGACGUCCAAGCCCAGGGAAAACUCAUGUAGUUGACAUUCCUGACCUUAGGCAAGAGAGACUGAUGACGCCUCACCAGAAACCUUUCCCGGGAAUCAAGCCUACAGCUCCUCCUCCACCUCCACCUGUCCAGUCCAAACCUCUACAUAAUGACUUCAGAACAGCACGACAGGCUCUCAGACCACCUCCUCCUCCUCCAAAAGUGUGAUGUCCAACAACUGUCAAACCUUUAAGCAGAAGCUCUAUGGGAUGGUCAGUCAUUCCAAAACCUGCAGUAAAGAUUACAAGUGUUUGAAACAGACACACAGAGGUUUAAUGACCUCUUCAGGAAAACACGUCUGUAAAAAAAAUUCUUUUACAGUUUCCUUAUUAUACAUAUUUAUUUGACAAUGCAAAGGCAGUGACUGUGUGUUUAUGUAUGUAAAUAUGUACAGUUUUUUGUAAAUGAGCCUUCCUUUUAGAUAAUAAUGAAUUGAAAUGAAUUUUAUGAUCUGCCAGCAAUGUAACUGAUGCUAUGCAACUUUUCAGAGUUUAUACCUUGUGACAUCUUGUGGCCAACAGUAAAGUUCAUAAAUGUUUUUUUUUCUAUAAAAAGUCAAUGUGAUUUUAUUUUAUAGCCAUAUGAACCAAUGAUAUAAAUGACACCGUCCUUUGAAAAAAAGGCACACUCAUUUCACACAAUCAUAAUAAAUUGUUUACAAAGAUUAAUGUGAAAAUGUA